ACUGCUGCUGGGCUUCAGACGGUCAGUUCGGUUCGGUUCGGUUCGGUUCUACUGCUGACAUGUUCGAUCACUCCGACUACCCGUUCAACUGUUUCAACUAUGACGGGGACGGAUACCCGACCUCUGGGACGGACGAAGACAAGAAGAUAUGCAGACCCGCUUACAGCUACAUCGCUCUGAUCGCCAUGGCGAUCCAGCAGAACCCGGACCAGCGGGUCACUCUGUCCGGCAUCUACGACUUCAUCAUGAGGCGGUUCCCCUACUACCGGUCCAACCAGCGGGCCUGGCAGAACUCCAUCCGGCACAACCUGUCGCUCAACAGCUGCUUCGUCAAGGUUCCGCGGACGGAGGGCAACGAGAAGGGGAAGGGGAACUUCUGGACCUUCGCCGCCGGAUGCGAGUCGAUGCUCGACCUCUUCGAGAACGGAAACUUCCGGCGCCGCCGCCGCCGCCGGAGCUCCAGGAUCGGCCUGGGCCCCGCGGAGGGCUCGGGGGGCCCCGCGGAGGGCCGCCGGGACCCGUCGGCACGGCGGCCGCAGCUCGACUCCGCCCUCCGCCCUCUGCCCCCUGACCGGUCCGGCCCGCUCCAGAACCGCCUGGCGCCGACCUCCAGCCGCCAGAAAUCCGAGCCGGAGAUCAAGUUCAGCAUCGAUUACAUCCUGUCCGCUCCGGACCCGCCGCCGGCCGCGUUCAGGACCGGCGCCGGCCCGGUUCGCCUGGAGCCGACCGGGCCACCGGUUCUGGAGCCUCCGCACCUCAAUCUGCACUUCUGGACUCUCUGAGGCCACAGGAGGCGAGACUUGGACUAGGACAGAGAGGUUCUACUGGACCAGCGCCGGGACCGGUCCAGAACAUCAGAACUCAGAGUCCCUGUGCUGUUUGUGACGUCACUUGAAUAUUUCACGUGUUUCAUUCAUUUUAGAUAAACUGUGGAGUUGGGCCGAACCCGGCAGAACCGAUCAGAACCUCGGAGUUUAAAUCAGAAACAAAAAAAUGAAAAUUCAGUUUUUAUUUUCUGUAAUUUACCUGCUGAUCCCAAAACGUGGCAUUUCAUCAGAAAGUUUCUUAAUGAGAUGAAUUUAAAGUGAUUAAAUCCCAAUAAUCCAAAUAUUCAUAAAUGCUGCAGAAACAAAUAAGAAAAAACUGUUCAAAUCUCCUUUCAUUACAACUGAAUCAUUUUCUCUUUUGCUUCCAUCAAAGUUGUGAAUGUUCUGGUUCGGCCCGGUUCUGCGGGCUUCUCUACCAGCGGGAGGUUCGGGUUGUUCUGGUUCUGCUCUGAUGAUCCAAAUCCUCUUUAAUAUUCAAGAAUGAAAACAGAAAUGAUGGAAAUUGGAGGGAAAUGGAUCCGAGUCUCAAAGACAUGAACCCAGAGGUCCAGAUCUCCCAUGAUGCUUUGCAGAACCAGACGGUUCCGUCGACCUUUGAGGCGCCUGAGUGACACCUGGACGUGACGUCAGCAGGAGGAGAUCAAUCAUGGCGGCGGGACCUUUAGAUGGAGGCAGACUGGCAGCUCAUAAGGCGAACAGCGACUGACCCCAUUUAAAUGGCGGCUCCUCCCCGGCCGCAGGUACCGGAACACCUUCCGUCUGCUGACGGUUCUGCCCGCCAGCUACCCGCCCGGCACCGAGCCGUCACGGAUCAGCGGCUUUCCAUUAACACAGUUGUUGCUGCCGUGGAUAUAUUUGGAUAAAUUAAGUCGCGUAAAGCGCUGGGAGGCCGCGCAGAGUCCAGGCUGAAAAGUCAGUGAUCGCAGCGGCGGCGGCUUCCUGGCGGAAACGCUUAAUUACUUCCUGAGUUUUGGCUUCAGCUCAUUAUGAGCCGCUGACGGCGGCGGCUCUGCUGACGGGAGGAAAUUGGGAAACUACUGAUGUGCGACGUUAAUAACAAUAAAUAAUAAACACAAAGAGGUCA